AUGGCGUACAACAGACCCUACAACCCCGACGAACUUCCAAGGUUCGCGGAACCCGAACAGAAGGGCGGCGCUCCGGCACCUUCCAAGCAGCAGCCUCAGCAGUCCUCUCAGCCUCGCUACGAAAAUAAGCUUCCCCCCGUCCCUCGCGACGACUACCACCGUCCCAACGACCACCGCCGACCCAGCCCCAACAUGUACGGCGUCAGCUCUCCUCCCCCGACGGGCAACCCCCGCCCGAACGCUCAGCCCCGGCCACCCCCUAAUUCUCGGCCGCCUCCCUCUCCCGCUCCUGAUAUGAGCGCAGACGGCGCAGACCCGACACUGCUGCCCCUAUUCCGAGCGGUCGAUAAGGAUUGCACUGGUCAGCUUUCCGAGCGUGAGCUGUCAACCGCCCUCGUCAAUGGUGACUGGACUGCUUUCGACCCCCAGACAGUUCGCAUGAUGAUCCGCAUGUUCGAUUCCGAUCGCAGUGGAACCAUUGGGUUCGCCGAAUUUUGCGGCCUCUGGUCCUACCUUGCGUCGUGGCGCACUCUGUUUGACCGAUUCGACGCCGACCGGUCUGGGAACAUUUCCCUCGGCGAAUUCACCAACGCCCUGGUCGCUUUCCGCUACCGUCUCAGCCCUGGUUUCGUCGAGCUUCUCUUCCGUACGUACGACAAGCGUGGAGAAGGUGUCAUGUCCUUCGACCUCUUCGUUCAGGCUUGCAUUUCCUUGAAGCGCAUGACGGAAGUAUUCAAGAAGUACGAUGACGACAGAGACGGCUACAUUACCCUCAGCUUUGAGGACUUUUUGACGGAGAUUCUCAAGCAGCUCAAGUAG